CCCAGAGGAGCGCUGCUGUGGACGAUAGGCCUUUACAGCUUGCAGGUUGUUCCCCCUCUUGUUUCUUCCCCGUUGUUUGACCGAGACGGAGCUGCACAGGCGCUAAACGCACUUGCUGCAGACUGAGCGGAGAUCUCGCGAGAGCGGCCGCGUGGCUGGCUGGCUGGCUGGCUGUGAGGUUGCAGUAGACGGAGGGAGAAAGGCAGGCAGGCUAAGCAGGCAGGCAUCAUGGCGGACCGAGACAGUGGAAGCGAGCAGGGAGGAGCGGCCACGGGCCCGGUUCUGAGCUCCGUGCACGCGGUGGCAGGAGGGGCGGGUUCGGCUUCCGGCCUGCAGCACGACACGCAGGAGCUGGCGUCUAAGCGCGUUGACAUCCAGAACAAGCGCUUCUACCUAGACGUGAAGCAAAACGUGAAAGGCCGCUUCCUGAAGAUCGCUGAAGUGGGCGCCGGCGGCAACAAGAGCCGCCUGACACUGUCCAUGUCAGUGGCCGUGGAGUUCCGCGACUACCUCGGGGACUUCAUCGAGCACUACGCGCAGCUGGGGCCCAGCAACCCGGACGCGGUGCAGGACGAGCCGCGGCGCGCGCUGAAGAGUGAGUUCCUGGUGCGCGAGAAUCGCAAGUACUACAUGGAUCUGAAGGAGAACCAGAGGGGCCGGUUUCUGAGGAUCCGGCAGACGGUGAACCGGGGGCCCGGCUUGGGCUCGGCGCAGGGCCAGACCAUUGCGCUGCCGGCGCAGGGGCUUAUCGAGUUCCGCGACGCGCUUGCCAAACUCAUCGACGACUACGGCGUAGAGGACGAGCCGACCGAGCUGCCCGAAGGCACGUCGCUGACAGUGGACAACAAGCGCUUCUUCUUCGACGUGGGAUCCAACAAGUACGGCGUGUUCAUGCGCGUCAGCGAGGUCAAGCCCACGUACCGCAACUCGAUCACGGUGCCCUACAAAGUGUGGGCUAAGUUCGGCAGCACGUUUUGUAAAUACGCCGACGAGAUGAAAAAGAUCCAAGACAAGCAGCGGGAGCGCAGGGCGUGCGAGCAGCAGCAGCAGCAGCAACAGCCCGGCGAGAUGCAAGCAGACGACGGAGAGGAGGAUUGAUAAUGAGCGGAGGUGCGGGGUGGAAAAGGAUAACAUGCAAAAAAAUACGAACAAAAACAAAGCGUAACGACGCGACUAUUACUGUACAAACAAAAUAAUGAUUGACUGUAACGGUUUAACUCCUAAGGGGGCAGUAAGUAUCCACAUAUUACAAAACCUCCACAAGCUGACAGGUGCAACUCGUACUCCAUCGCUGGAUGUGAUCCACUUACCCACCAUUAAUACAGUAAGCGGCUGCUAAACAGAGUAAUAACGUUAUAUGAACUGUUUCCUACUUGACUACAGAUAAAGAACUGAGUGUUUUUUCCCUUAUUAACCAAGAACUU